CCCAGAAUGACUGACACUGCUGCUGCUGCACUAUCAAUGCACUAACUGGAGGCUGCUGCGCUCUCUGCUCCUCUGCUGAUCGUGCUUAAACUUUUCAAAGUCUGCAUUUGGGGGCUGCACUGAAAUACUAGAAACUGUAACAUUUCCAAAGGAGGUUGGAUUGUGAGGGUCAAGGAUGUUCCCCUCCUUUGCGGCAGUGCUGCUGGUCACAGCAUUGUGCAGCGUCUGGGCCCAGGACGUCUAUGUAAGCAGGACAGGUAAUAAGAAAUCCAGGGCCAAGCCAGUGACAGUGACAGCAAAUACUUAUGACGGACAAGCCAUCCUUGAUGAGGACUGCAGCUUGGAGCUCUCCUUCCUGGUGGACAGCUCUGAGAGUGCCAAAGACAACCAUGAGCAGGAGAAGCGGUUUGUCAUGAACAUGGUGGACAGACUCCAGGGCGUACGGCUGCAGACCGGCCGCAGCUUGAGUUUGAGGGUCGCCCUGCUGCAGUACAGCAGCCACGUUAUCACAGAGCAGACCUUCUCAGAAUGGAGGGGCUCAGAGAACUUCAAGACCCGGAUAGCCCCCAUCAUCUACAUCGGGCACGGCACCUACACCACCUACGCCAUCACCAACAUGACCAAGAUCUAUCUGGAGGAAUCCAGCCCAGGCAGCGUCAAAGUGGUAGUGCUGCUCACAGAUGGCAUCUCCCACCCGAGGAACCCUGACAUUUUCUCUGCUGUUGCGGACGCCAAGAACCAGGGCAUCAAAUUCUUCACUCUGGGCAUCACCAGGACAGCCAACGAGCCAGCCAACGUAGCUCAGCUCCGUCUGCUCGCCAGCUCCCCCACUUCCCACUACCUCCACAAUUUACAGGAUGAGGACAUUGUUGAAAAAAUCGCCACCGCAAUUACUACCUUGGCUGAUGAAGGAUGCCCUCUGGCUCAGAGAUGUGCUUGUGAGAAAGGAGAGAGGGGAUCCAGCGGGCCUGCGGGAAAGAAAGGUCGCCCAGGAGAUGACGGAGCCCCGGGGCUUAAAGGGCAAAAGGGUGAAGCAGGAUUAAGUGGGGAACCUGGGCGGCACGGUGGUGAGGGCAAACCAGGUUACAAAGGAGAGAAGGGUGAGAGGGGUGAGUGCGGCACUCCAGGAAUCAAAGGAGACCGGGGUCCUGAGGGUUCAAUUGGAGGAAGAGGACAGAGAGGUCUGCAGGGUUUACCAGGACCACAUGGAGACAUGGGACCAGAGGGCCCUCAGGGGAAGCAGGGUGAACGGGGCCCACCUGGCCCUCCAGGAAUUCAGGGGGAAACUGGUGUUGGACUUCCUGGACCAAAGGGUGACAUGGGAUUCCAGGGCAGACCAGGUCCUCAUGGUCCUCCAGGACUGGGUGAACCCGGCCCUCCUGGACCUCAAGGACCACAAGGUGUUCAAGGGGAAAAAGGACCCCAUGGUGAAGGAUUUCCUGGACCAAAGGGGGAUCGAGGGCUCCCAGGACCGAGGGGGCCGAGGGGACAGCAGGGCGUAGGAAUCAAAGGAGAAAAAGGUGAACUGGGGCCCCAUGGUUCUCCAGGGCCAACUGGAGCAGUAGGAGCGGGCAUUCAGGGGGAGAAGGGAACUGAGGGACCGAGAGGUCCACCAGGGGUCAGGGGACUUCCAGGAGAAGGUUUACCAGGACCGAAGGGAGACCAAGGUUUACCAGGAGAGCAGGGAGCUCCAGGAGAGAGAGGCAUCGGUGAACCUGGUCCAAAGGGGGAACCUGGAGCUGCAGGAUUGAGUGGUCUGCCUGGUCUUCCUGGAGAAGAUGGAGCUCCAGGACAGAAGGGGGAGCCUGGUUUACCUGGUUUAAGAGGACCUGAGGGAGCGCAAGGAAUUGGCGCUCAAGGCGAGAAGGGUGACCAGGGUCCGAGGGGCAUCCGUGGGUUACAUGGGCCUCCUGGGAUCUCAGGACCAUCUGGACCAAAAGGUGAACGUGGGGUAUCAGGCCAGCAGGGCAUGCCAGGGCAGCCGGGACGGUCCAUAUCAGGUCCAAAGGGUGAUGUUGGUUCUGCUGGUCCCCCUGGUCCUAUCGGGGAGACGGGUCACGGACUACCUGGUCCUAAGGGUGAUCGUGGUCAUCCAGGUUUACCAGGUCCACUUGGCCCAAAAGGAGAAGGCAUGCCUGGCCCUGUGGGUCCUCCAGGUUUGCCAGGCUUACCAGGCGAACCAGGCCCAGAGGGAAUAGGAAUUCCUGGUCCUAAGGGAGACGUUGGCUUUCGGGGAUUGCCAGGUUUGCCUGGUCCACCUGGAGAGGGUUUACAAGGACCACCAGGUAAUAUUGGGAGACCAGGACCUCCUGGCCCAAAUGGACCUCCGGGGGAAGGUAUUCAAGGUCCAAAGGGUGAGCCAGGAUCUCAAGGCAUGACUGGGCCCAGAGGGCCUCAAGGAGAUGGAUUUCCUGGAGCUAAGGGUGAUCGUGGAUUACAGGGUGAGAGAGGAAUGAAGGGUACAAAAGGAGAUCUGGGAGAUCCUGGAGUUCCUGGCGAAAUGGGGAGGAACGGAGCAAAGGGAGAUCCAGGCCUCACUAGAGAAGACGUAAUUAAGUUGAUCAAAGAAAUCUGCGGAUGUGGCAUCAAGUGCAAGGAAAGACCAAUGGAACUCGUGUUCGUGAUUGACAGUUCAGAGAGCGUUGGCCCUGAGAACUUUGAGAUCAUCAAAGACUUUGUCACCAGGUUGGUGGACCGGACCACAGUCGGACACAACGCCACCAGGAUCGGACUGGUUCUCUACAGUCUGGAUGUCCACUUAGAGUUCAACUUGGCUCGUCACAGGACCAAACAGGACGUCAAGCAGGCAAUCAGAAAGAUGCCUUACAUGGGUGAGGGCACUUACACCGGCACUGCCAUCAGAAAGGCCACUCAGGAGGCUUUCUUUGGCGCCCGAUCAGGAGUACGAAAAGUCGCCAUCGUCAUCACUGAUGGUCAGACAGACAAACGAGAGCCGGUCAAGCUUGACAUCGCUGUGCGAGAGGCUCAUGCUGCAAACAUUGAAAUGUACGCUCUGGGGAUUGUCAACUCUUCUGAUCCGACACAGGCCGAGUUCUUACGAGAACUCAACCUCAUCGCCUCUGACCCAGACAGUGAACACAUGUACCUCAUUGAUGACUUCAAUACUCUGCCAGCACUGGAGUCUAAACUUGUCAGCCAGUUCUGUGAGGAUGAAAACGGCGCCCUUAUUUACAAUCGCGUUACAAAUGGACAUUGGAACGGCAACAAUGGUCUUAAUGGAAACAAUGGACACGGAGAUAAUACUAAUGGCUAUAAUGGCUAUGGCAACAAUGGUUAUGGUUAUGGGAAUAAUGGAUACGGGAACAAUGGGAAUGGUUACAAUUACCAAGAGGAGAACCAAAAUCUGAGACGCACCAACAGCAGAGUUCGUGGAGACACUUUCGCACUGCCCAUCAGUGCUGAGCCUCUCCCUGUUAAGGAGGUGGAAGAUGACGAUGGUGAAGAUUUAGACUUAAGGGCACAUUUGCGAGUUGGUGGCGCUGUGUCUGCAGUGAACAAAACACCGGCAAGAGAAAGCUCUGACUCCAGUGAUGUAGUCCUAUCAUCUUCUUCGUCAUCGUCAGCAUCAUCAUCGUCGUCAUCUGCAACAUCUUUGUCAACACCGGACUCGGUUUCAACCUUUAACUCUGAUCAGUUGCAGAAUGUGGUGAAUCCAGCACAGCCAGAGGAGGCCGUUCCUCUUGAUCCCCGCUGUAACCUCAGCUUGGACCAAGGCACUUGCCGAGACUACAGCAUCCGCUGGUAUUAUGACAAGCAGGCCAACUCCUGUGCACAGUUUUGGUACGGAGGCUGUGGUGGAAAUGACAACCGUUAUGAAACAGAAGACGAAUGCAAAAAGACUUGUGUUCUGCUCAGAACAGCUGGAUAAAAGGAGGAGAAGCCAUCUGAAAAUUGACUUUACUGCUCUGAAAUCUGCUGAUUUGUAGUUUAGCGUGAUGCAUUCUGUCACGUGUGUUUUGAAAAUUUCAUGCACUUGUCGAACACUUUAGUCCUGAGACAUGAAUGCAUUUUCUCAUCAAAUAGAAACGCUGCUGACAUGAUGCUGGUUUAACCCAAUUAAUGUCUUACAAUUUUAUUAACCUUUACAAACACUGACUAUUACCUCAGAAAAAUGAUAUUGUGCUUAACACACCUGAAAUGGUGAAACGUUUGUUCAGGGUUUGCCUGUCACGGUUUAAAAGUGCCAACUUCUGUUGACAUUAACCUAUAGAUCGUUCUUGUACCUCCAUGAGCCACGUGCUUCAUGUACACUCAAUAUAUUUUUAGUCUGACAGCAAUAGUGAGAAUUUUACCUUAUUUUGAUAAGAUUUGCUAAAAUGUGUUUUGAGUACUUUUGUGUAUGUGCUGUUUGUUUUUAUUGCAAUGUGUCCUUUUGGAUUACAACUGGCAGCUGUAAUAAAGGGCCAUUUUUAUCUGGGCACUGCUUUCAGAGGUCUACUGCGAAUGUCAUCUUGUGAUGAAGAUUGAGGCUUUCUGCGAUCUAGCCAUUAAAAGCCUGCCUAUUUUGGCAGUGUGUGUAUCUGAAUUUAUGUUUUUGAAAUGUUUUUUUAAUAAUAAAAUAUAAAAAGCUG